UCUUUAAACCAGAGACUGUACCACCAUAAUCCCUCACAGUUCACACACACUCAGAGAGUCUGAAGACAUUGCUGGAGUUUUGUACCUGACAAACAAACUGACAAGAUGGUUUACCAGUUCAAUGCAGAAGGCGAUCAUCAAGAUGAUGAUGAUUACCCAAACGACCGCCCAAGACCGAGUCGUGUCCGUGAGCGUGGCGAUCAUGUAGACGAUCCUGAUCAGGAAAACAAUCCUGAUCAGGAAAACAAUCCUAAUCAGGAAAACAAUCCUGAUCAGGAAAACAAUCCUAAUCAGGAGGACUCCAAUGAGGAAGAUCAAGUUGAGGAGCAGGUCGAACAAAACACCAAGAAGAGACCAAGAGAGGACGAUGAGGAGGAAAGAGAGGCAAAAAGGCGCAGAACACUUGACCCGGACCAGGAGUUGGAGAACAACAACAGCCCAAACCCUGGUCACCAGAGUGGAGAUGUUGCUGAGGUUGAACCACAGGCCAGCCAGCCUUCAGAAUACGUAGUUGACACUCCUCAGCCUGGAAGAUCCAGAAAAAGGAAACGUGAAGAAAAUGAUGAUGAAGAAGAAGUAGAGAGCAAAAGGUUCAAAUGGGACUGGUCUGAGAGUGGCGAUGAAGAUGUUGAAAACAACAGCCCAAACCCUGGUCACCAGAGUGGAGAUGUUGCUGAGGUUGAACAACAGGCCAGCCAGCCUUCAGAACUUGUAGUUGACACUCCCCAGCCUGGAGGAUCCAGAAAAAGGAAACGUGAAGAAAAUGAUGAUGAAGAAGAAGUAGAGAGCAAAAGGUUCAAAUGGGACUGGUCUGAGAGUGGCGAUGAAGAUGUUGAAAACAACAGCCCAAACCCUGGUCACCAGAGUGGAGAUGUUGCUGAGGUUGAACCACAGGCCAGCCAGCCUUCAGAACACGUAGUUGACACUCCACAGCCUGGAGGAUCCAGAAAAAGGAAACGUGAAGAAAAUGAUGAUGAAGAAGAAUUAGACAUCAAGAAGUUAAUAUGGGACUGGUAUGACAGUGACUAUGAAGAAGACACUUAUGAGACUGAUGAGUCUGAUGAAGAGUGAGUAUCAUGCACCUCCUACUCCAAUAAUGUGUCUUUAUGUAACCGGUGUGCUGUGUUUUUUAAAGUUGUCUGACAGGUGACUGACAUCAGGAUCUCGCUUUCUCUGCGUUUAUUCUGUUAAUCAGACAAAAAAAGAACCUCUGUGUUUACAAAGUAAAAAGCACAUUUCGACUAGCUUAAACCUUCAGUGCACGCAAAUCAGCACGAAGCAUGAGCAUGUUAGUCUACUUAAACAUGACUUUAAAAAGAAAUAAAAGGAACAUCUGUGUAGUAUACACAUUAAAACACCAUACAGGACAAAAGCACACAUAAAAUAAAUAAAUAUAUGGAAACAGAAAAGUUAAGCAGCAGACACCUACCUCUCCCCCAGGGAUAACAUACCAAAGGGGAGAGGGAAGGGUGCAAAUUAAAAAUUAAAGUUCAAGAAACCAACAAAGAAGAAAAUGACCGGAAGACGAGGCUGCAAAUCAAAAUACUUAAAAAAAAGAAACACACAACUAGGCUCUACACACACAGAUAUAAUUUGUGUAAUUAUAAAGUAAUAAUAAUUCAUAUUGUCUUCCCCUUCCCCUUCCUUGGAUGUCACUCUCCUGAUGUGGUUUUCCCCAGGUACUCUGGUUUGUCCACAUCACAAAGAAAUAAUUUGCAAUAAAACUCUUAAAUUUGC